AUGAGCGAGGAGCGGGAGAAGAAGGACGACUCCCAGCCCGACACAGGGCUGCCACGCGGUGCGCCCUGGGCGCCUCUGGCCGGGGGACGCCCUGGCGCGCGGCUGACUGCCGCGACGAACGAGGCCCGGGCGGGCCCGGCCGCUCCGCUGCCACAGGCGGAGAGCAGCCGGUCCGGGCUCGGCCGGGCCGCCGGCGGCCUCCGAAGUCGCUGCCGCGGGGGACGCCGGUGGCGACUUCGCCACCUCCAUCCCACGCCUCCUUCUUCCCACAGGUGGGCCGCACGACGCCGCGAGCGGUGCCGCCGGGCAGCCGCAGCCCGGGCUCGUCCCUCCACGGCGUCCGUCUGCCGCCGCUGCCCGGCCCGGAGAGCUCGCGGACCUCCGGGAGCCGCAGCGCACAGGUACGGAGCCCGAGGGGGACGGGGCCGAACGUCGCGUCGCGUGGGGACCGCCCUCUGCCGGUUCGGCUGUGGGGGGCGGGGCGGCAGCCGCCCGCGGGCUGAGCGCUGCCCUCGGUGCUCCGUGGAGCGUGAGCGGGAACGACCGCGCUCACUCGGUGUUUCUCCUCGGCUUCUCUUGCAGGCGGGCGGGUGGGAGUUCACGCUGUCGGUGACCUGCGGCAGUGCCAGUGGGCAAAGGAGACAGCCUCAGCCACCCCUGCUGCCUCGCUUAAGGCAGGCACGGAUGCCGGCAGCUGCACCCUGGCGUGCGGCAGCAUCUUCUAAUGCCCGUAAGCUGCCUGCUCUGCAAGCAGCAGCCUCUUGCACACCUUCUGCAAGAGGCAGCGCACGUGCCAUGGGCAUUAGAGGCAGCAGACUCCCAGUACUUGCCCCAAGACCUCAGCAACCACCAGAGAUGCCGUGCAGUUGCGACACGUGCUCGGCAAAGUCUGUGAGCGUGCCCAGGCUUCUCGUGCCCCAAGCAGCAGACGACGGUGCCAGUGCUGCCAACACUGCUCAGGGAAAACCGGGCGUAUGCUCCGCGACAUCGAGGGCUGAGGGUCAGGUUCCUGCCCCUGGUGGUUCCCGAACCAGGGAUGUUGGAGUGCAGACGGAGCUGCAAGUGUUGGAAGAGGCUGCUGAGAAGGAAUCCACAGGAUGGUCAUCCGGGCAACUGUGGAGCGCGUCUCUUGCCUCAUCAGAUGAGGAAGACCCCACGUGUUCAGCUUCUCUUCUGGCUGCAGACCCUGGGCCUGGAGGACACCUUCAGCCUUUGCCCGUAACAGGUCCUGAAGAUGGGGAAAGCUCAACUUCUUCCAAGGCUGAAUACUUUCCAGAGGAGACCAAUGCGGCGCCACGUUUCUGGAGACCAUGGGAGGGAGAAGAAACAGCUACCACCACGCCUGAAUUCUCCAACCAAUCUCUGGGAGAAGCACAGAGAUUGCAAGAUCCCGGAGAGGCGUACGGGGAGGUGUAUGGAUAUCCUCCAGUUCACCCAGCAAUCCGGAGAAUCCGGGAUGAGGCGAGGAAGGACCAGAUGCGCUCCAGCUGGAACACAUCCUGGCCAAACAGCAUGAGUGUGCCCCAGCUGCUAAGGCCCCAAGCAGCAGAAGACGGUGCCAAUGCAGCUGACAGUGCUCUGGGCACACUGAGAGCCUGCAGUGUGACAUCGAGGGCUGAGGGCCAGUUUUCUGCUUCUGAUGAUUCCCCAGCCAGGGAUGUCACAGCCCAGGAUUCACAGCUAGAGCUGGAAGAGACUGCUGGGAUAGAAAUGGCAGGACAGUCAUCUGGCACCCUGCAGGCUGCAUCUCUUUCCCCAUCUGAUGAGGCACACGCUGUGUGUUCACCGUCUCUUCUGGAUGCUGGUCCCGGGCCUGCAGGACACCUUGAGCCUCUGCCCGCAUCAGUGCUGGAAGAUGCAGAAAGCUCAGAUUCUCCUGAGGCUGCAAGCUCUGCAGAGGAGGCUGAUGGAGCAUCACUCCCCUUGUCAGUGUCUGAGGGAGGAGCAAGAGAAGAGCCGGCUGUGGCCAUGCCUGAGUCCUCCGGACAAGGUCUGGGAGAAGCACGGAGACUCCAAGAUCCCAGAGAGAUCAACAGGGAGACCUAUGGGUGCUCUCCUAUGAUCCCAGCACUGCGGAGAAUUCGUGAGCAGGACAGAAACGAGCGGAUGUUGUCACACUGGGAUAUUUCCUGGCCAAGGAACGUGAGAAGCCCCAGGCAGCAAAGGCUCCAGGCAAGAGGCGAUGCUUUCAAUACUGCUGGCACUGCUCAGGGCAUGCCGGGCAUCCGGCCCAAGACAUCACGGGCUGCUGUCCGGUUUCCUGACUCUGGUGACUCCCGAGUGUGGUCUCCUAGACUGUCAGUUGUGCAGGAGGAGUCCAGCGAUGACAGCGACAGUGCUGUCAGCACUGCUGAGGGCAUGCAGGAUGCCAGAGACGCUGCAGUGACAGAUAAGGGCACGCACCCGCCCUCCUGUCUUUGCCCUUCACCGCUGGAGGCUGUGGAGGAUGACUGGGAGUGUGACUCUGAGGAAGAUGCUGCAUCAGAGGCAGUCAGCGUCACACCCAGCACAUCUGAUGAUUCAUCUGCUGAGGUGGAGUCCACGUCUUCAGCGUCAUCUGUGGCUGCAGAUCCCAGGCCUGAGGAGCAUGUGUCAGCGUGUGAGGGAGCAGAUGUGGGCCCUCAGCACGAGGUUUCUGCAGAGACUGGAGAAGGUGCACAGAGCUCCGUGUGCUUCAGAGAUGCACCGGAGGAAGGCCCAGGUGCGUCCUCAGGCAGAAAGCCAUCCCAGGGAGGGCCCUGCCGAGCUCAGAUGGCCCACCAAGUGGCACGGAGGCUGGCAGCGUUCCAUGCCCUGCCACGUCCAGCCCAGUCCUCCCAGGGAAAUUCCACGGUGGUACCGCUGCCGCACCACACGCGGCGGCUCGCCGCCGGAUGCCAGCUGUCGUCAGGAUGGCGCUUCGGGCUCUGCGCAGGGUUUUCACCUGCAGCUGCAUCAGGGGACAGCGAGAGGAGAGGCAUGAGGCUGCAAACACCAGGCAGCUCCCAGAGACGGAAGACUGAUCCUGUAGCUCCUGAGGCAGGUCCUGCAGCUACUUCAGGCCCUGCGACGGGGCUCAGCUGUGUCCCGCACUCCGCUCCUGAGGCGGCUCUCCACAGACUGCAGCCUCAGUCCUUCAGGCCACGCCCGCCUGCUCCGGCGCGGGCUCCUCCACAGAGCGCGGCACAUCCGAGCUCUACACGGGUCCUGGAGAGCUGCAACACCAAGACAGGACUGAGGUGCGGACCGGCGCUUGGGCCGGGUGUACUUGGCCAGGCCGGGCACUGA